AAGAGCAGCAGAAGUGUCCCUUCUCCAGGAUCAAGGAACUGGGGCGGGUCAGAAGGGGGACCAUUUCCUGGACCCCAGUCCUCCGAAUCAGCUCCUAGAGUGGAACCAGGAAGGAUUCUGGAGCCAUAGAGGACAGACAGAUGGCAAGUCCACUUUUGGAGUCAGAGGCCUAGGGUCGGGGGAAGAUGGGGACCAAAGUGAGGAAGAGCCGAGGGAACGCAGCCAGGCAGGUGGAAUGGGAACUCUCUGGAGCCAAGAGAGCACUCCAGAAGAGGGGCUGCCCGUGGAAGGGAGCAGGCCAUGGGCAGUGGCCAGGCGGGUGCUGACAGCUAUCCUGAUUUUGAGCCUGCUCCUUUGUUUUUCUGUGCCUUCGUUCUACAUCUUCCAGAGCUGUGGCCCUCGCCCCUGUGAGACAUCUGUGUGUUUGGAUCUCCGGGAUCAUUACCUGGCCUCUGGGAACACAAGUGUGGCCCCCUGCACCGACUUCUUCGGCUUUGCCUGUGGAAGGGCCAAAGAAACCAAUAAUUCUUUUCAGGAGCUUGCCACAAAGAACAAAAACCAACUUCGGAGAAUACUGGAGGCCCAGAAUUCCUGGCACCCAGGCUCUGGGGAGGAGAAAGCCUUCCAGUUCUACAACUCCUGCAUGGAUACACAUGCCAUUGAAGCUGCAGGGACUGGUCCCCUCAGACAAGUUAUUGAGGAGCUUGGAGGCUGGCGCAUCUCUGGUAAAUGGACUUCCUUAAAUUUUAACCGAACGCUGAGACUUCUGAUGAGUCAGUAUGGCCAUUUCCCUUUCUUCAGAGCCUACCUAGGACCUCAUCCUGCCUCUCCACACACACCAGUCAUCCAGAUAGACCAGCCAGAGUUUGAUGUUCCCCUCAAGCAAGAUCAAGAACAGAAGAUCUAUGCCCAGAUCUUUCGGGAAUACCUGACUUACCUGAAUCAGCUGGGAACAUUGCUGGGAGGAGACCCAAGCAAGGUGCAAGAACACGCUUCCUUGUCAAUCUCCAUCACUUCAAGGCUGUUCCAGUUUCUGAGGCCCCUGGAUCAGCGGCGGGCACAGGGCAAGCUCUUCCAGAUGGUCACUAUCAACCAGCUCAAGGAAAUGGCCCCUGCCAUCGACUGGUUGUCCUGCUUGCAAGAGACAUUCACACCGAUGUCCCUGAGCCCCUCUCAGUCCCUCCUGGUCCAUGAUGUGGAAUAUUUGAAAAACAUGUCACAACUGGUGGAGGAGAUGCUGCUAAAGCAGAGGGACUUUCUGCAGAGCCACAUGAUCUUAGGGCUGGUGGUGACCCUUUCUCCAGCCCUGGACAGUCAAUUCCAGGAGGCACGCAGAAAUCUCAGCCAGAAACUGCGGGAACUGACAGAGCAACCACCCAUGCCCGCCCGCCCACGAUGGAUGAAGUGUGUGGAGGAGACAGGCACGUUCUUCGAGCCCACGCUGGCAGCUUUGUUUGUUCGUGAGGCCUUUGGCCCGAGCACCCGAAGUGCUGCCAUGGAAUUAUUCACUGCGAUCCGGGAUGCCCUCAUCACUCACCUCAGAAACCUUCCCUGGAUGAAUGAGGAGACGCAGAACAUGGCCCAGGACAAGGUCGCUCAACUGAAGGUGGAGAUGGGGGCUUCAGAAUGGGCCCUGAAGCCAGAGCUGGCCCGACAAGAAUACAACGAUAUACAACUUGGACCGAGCUUCCUGCAGUCUGUCCUGAGCUGUGUCCGGUCCCUCCGAGCUAGAAUUGUCCAGAGCUUCUUGCAGCCUUGCCCCCAACACAGGUGGAAGGUGUCCCCUUGGGAGGUCAAUGCUUACUAUUCGAUACCUGACCAUGUGGUAGUCUUUCCAGCUGGACUCCUCCAACCCCCAUUCUUCCACCCUGGCUACCCCAGAGCCGUGAACUUUGGCGCUGCUGGCAGCAUCAUGGCCCACGAGCUGUUGCACAUCUUCUACCAGCUCUUGCUGCCUGGGGGCUGCCCAGCCUGUGACACCCAUGCCCUCCAGGAAGCUCGCCUGUGCCUGAAGCGCCAUUAUGCUGCCUUUCCAUUACCCAACGGAACCUCCUUCAAUGACUCGCUCACAUUCUUGGAGAACGCUGCAGACGUUGGGGGGCUAGCCAUCGCGCUGCAGGCAUACAGCAAGAGGCUGUUAUGGCACCAUGGGGAGACCGUCCUGCCCAGCCUGGACCUCAGCCCCCAGCAGAUCUUCUUUCGCAGCUAUGCCCAGUGCCUGCAAGGAGAAGACAUGGGGGGUUUUCUACCUAAGGCAGAAAGGCACGGGAGCCAACUUCAGAAACUUCUGCCCUCCUUUCUGGUCAGACAACAAGACUGGGACCAGCACCUGGACAAGCUUCAUAUGCUGCAGCAGAAGAGGAUUCUAGAGUCUCCACUGCUUCGAGCAGCCAAGGAAAAUGACCUGUCUGUUCUUAGGCAACUUCUACUGGACCGCACCUGUGACGUUCGACAAAGAGGAGCCCUGGGGGAGACGGCGCUGCACAUAGCAGCCCUCUAUGACAACUUGGAGGCGGCCUUGGUGCUGAUGGAGGCUGCCCCAGAGCUGGUCUUUGAGCCCACCACAUGUGAGGCUUUUGCAGGUCAGACUGCACUGCACAUCGCUGUUGUGAACCAGAACGUGAACCUGGUGCGAGCCCUGCUCACCCGCAGGGCCAGCGUCUCUGCCAGAGCCACAGGCACCGCCUUCCGCCGUAGUCCCCGCAACCUCAUCUACUUUGGGGAGCACCCUUUGUCUUUUGCUGCCUGUGUGAACAACGAGGAGAUCGUGCGGCUGCUCAUUGAACAUGGAGCCGACAUCAGGGCCCAGGACUCCCUGGGAAACACAGUGUUACACAUCCUCAUCCUCCAGCCCAACAAAACCUUUGCCUGCCAGAUGUACAACCUGCUGCUGUCCUACGAUGGACAUGGGGACCACCUGCAGCCCCUGGACCUUGUGCCCAAUCACCAGGGUCUCACCCCCUUCAAGCUGGCUGGAGUGGAGGGUAACACUGUGAUGUUCCAGCACCUGAUGCAGAAACGGAGGCACAUCCAGUGGACAUAUGGACCCCUGACCUCCAUUCUCUACGACCUCACGGAGAUCGACUCCUGGGGAGAGGAGCUGUCCUUCCUAGAGCUUGUGGUCUCCUCUGAUAAACGAGAGGCUCGCCAAAUUCUGGAACAGACCCCAGUGAAGGAGCUGGUGAGCUUCAAGUGGAACAAGUAUGGCCGGCCGUACUUCUGUAUCAUGGCUACCUUGUACCUGCUCUACAUGAUCUGCUUCACCACGUGCUGCGUCUACCGCCCCCUUAAGUUUCGUGGUGGCAACCGCACUCAUUCUCGAGACAUCACCAUCCUCCAGCAAAAACUACUACAGGAGGCCUACGAGACACGUGAAGAUAUCAUCAGGCUGGUGGGGGAGCUGGUGAGCAUCGCUGGGGCUGUGAUCAUCCUGCUCCUAGAGAUCCCAGACAUCUUCAGGGUUGGUGUCUCUCGCUAUUUUGGACAGACGAUUCUUGGGGGGCCAUUCCAUGUCAUCAUCAUCACCUAUGCCUGCCUGGUGCUGGUGACCAUGGUGAUGCGGAUCACCAACACCAAUGGGGAGGUGGUGCCCAUGUCCUUUGCCCUGGUGCUGGGCUGGUGCAGUGUCAUGUAUUUCGCUCGAGGAUUCCAGAUGCUGGGUCCCUUCACCAUCAUGAUCCAGAAGAUGAUUUUUGGAGACCUAAUGCGUUUCUGCUGGCUGAUGGCUGUGGUCAUCUUGGGAUUUGCUUCUGCGUUCUAUAUCAUUUUCCAGACAGAGGACCCAACCAGUCUGGGGCAUUUCUAUGACUACCCCAUGGCACUGUUCAGCACCUUCGAGCUUUUUCUCACUGUUAUUGAUGCACCUGCCAACUACGAUGUGGACUUGCCCUUCAUGUUCAGCAUUGUCAACUUCGCCUUCGCCAUCAUUGCUACACUGCUCAUGCUCAACCUGUUCAUCGCCAUGAUGGGCGACACCCACUGGAGGGUGGCCCAGGAGCGGGAUGAGCUCUGGAGGGCCCAGGUUGUGGCCACCACAGUGAUGCUGGAGCGGAAGCUGCCUCGCUGCCUGUGGCCUCGCUCCGGGAUCUGUGGGUGCGAGUACGGGCUGGGGGACCGCUGGUUCCUGCGGGUUGAGAACCACAAUGAUCAGAAUCCUCUGCGAGUGCUUCGCUAUGUGGAAGUGUUCAAGAACUCAGACAAGGAGGAUGGCCAGGAGCAUCCAUCUGAGAAACAGCCCUCUGGGGCUGAGAGUGGGACUCUAGCCAGAGCCUCCUUGGCUCUUCCAACUUCCUCCCUGUCCCGGACCGUGUCCCAGAGCAGCAGUCACCGAGGCUGGGAGAUCCUUCGUCAAAACACCCUGGGGCACUUGAAUCUUGGACUGAACCUUAGUGACGGGGAUGGAGAGGAGGUCUACCAUUUUUGAUUAGCAUUGCUGUCACUCUUGACCUUACUCCCGGUUGGCCUGGGGGCGGGGACAGAGACGGAGACCUCUGCCUAUGCAAGUGUCUAACUUCUGUGCCUGUUAAUCAUGGGAGGGUGAGACAGAACAAUCCCUAAAGGGUCAUGCCUCACACUUCACAUCAGAAUUUCUGGCAAUGGGCAAUGGUCAUCGAUUGUCUCACAUAUUUUCUGGGCUCUUGCAAGUCCCACAUCUCAGGAAAAAGGAGGUUGGCAACUAAAGACAUGAGGUAGGGAUGCUAGAUUAAUGUCAGGACCAUUUCUCUUCUGCCGCACACAGACCCUAGAAAGCAGUAAGCUGUGAGGCUUUUCUGGCUCCCCAGGGCUUAUGUGGGAAGAGCCAGGCAUGGCAUAGAGGUUGUGGCCCUUCUUUUUUUCCCAGCCUCCUGUAGGUCUUUCUCCCACUUAGCAAGCAAACCCCAACUGCAAUAAAAAAGUCUCCUUAUUCUUGCCUUCUUUAAUUUUUUGUUGGGGCACAAUACAUGUCACAUAAAAUUUACCAUAUUAUCUUUUUUUAGAUGUGCCAUUCAGUGGCAUUAAGUACAUUCACAUUGUUGUGUAACCAUCACCAUUAUUCAUUUAUGGAAGUUUUUCAUCAUUCCGAACUGAAACUCUAAUCCCCAUUGAACAUUAACUCUCCAGCUGCCUCUCUGCCCCAGUCCCUGAUAACCAAUAUUCUGCUUUCUGUCUAUGAAUUUAACUAUUCUAGGUGUCUUAUAUAAGUGGGAUUCUGCAAUCUUAGUCCAAAAUUUUACACGGUUUAUUUAUUUAUUCAUCUACCAAUGGACAUUUGAGUUUUUUCUACCUUUUGGCUGUUGUGAAUAAUGCUGCUGUCAAUAUGUUAUACAAAUAUCUGUUCCAGUUUCUAUUUUCAGAUACUUUGGGCAUACACCUAAAAAUGGAAUUGCUAGACAAUUCUUAUGUUUAAUUUUAUGAGGAACUGCCAUACUGGUUUUCACAAUAGCUUUCACCAUUUUACAUACCCUUCUAAUGGGUGUGAAGUGGCUUCACAUUGUAGUUUUGAUUUGCCUUUCUCUAAUGACUAAUGGUACUGAGCAUGUUUUUAUGCACGUAUUUAUUGGACGUUUAUAUACCUUCUCUGGAGAAAUGUCUUUUCGGUUUAUUUGUCCAUUUUCGAAUUAGGUUUUUGUUGUUGUUGAAUUGCCUUAUCUUUGCUUUUUGAGGCUCACAGUCUGAAGUGUUUGCAUCCUGGUGUGUUUUUAAGUAUGUAUGGUAAAUUAGGCCUAUAUUUGAAUGGCCUAAUCAUUUCUUUUCCAGGACCCUCCUGCUCUGUCCCUAGCAGCUAAUCAUCCUUGUACCUGGAGGCAACAGGCUCCUGCUUCGUCUCCUGACAUAGCCAUCCUCCAUUCCCAUCUCCCUUUGCCCCACACUGAGUUGUGAGAGGAAAAGCAACAGUAGAGGAAGGGUCAUCCCUCUCCAGGAGGGAAAUUAGAAAUCAUGUGUCCAGGGCACCCAUUAUAGGUGCUCAUGGGCAGCCUCUCUUGUGUCUCCAGCACUAUACUUCUAAUCCCAGCCCCUAUCAUCACCCUUAGCAAAAAGCCAUGUCAGCUUUUCAAAGGACUGUGGUUUGGGAUAACAAAGAAGUAAGUGGUAUUUGUGAAACCACAGACAGUUAAUUCAGAUACGCCAGCUCAGGGCUGAGUGCCCAACAGUGAGGGAUCGCACAAUGUGUAUACACAUGCCCGCACACACUGGGACACAGUGCUGGCAGGGUGUGUAAAACUGCUCAGUCACCAUCAUUCUUCUUUAUUCGCUUCAUAGUGGAAGCACUUUAAAAUUCUGCCUCUGUAGUCCUUUUUUUUUUUUUCUUGAGACAGGGUCUUGCUCUGUUGCCCAUGCUGAAGUACAGUGGUGUGAUCACUGCUCACUGCAGCUUUGACCUCCUGGGCUCAAGUAAUCUUCCCCCCUCAGCCUCCCAAGUAGGUGGCACUACAGGUGUGUACCACCACACCCAGCUAAUUUUUGUAUUUUUUUUAGAGAUGGGGUUUUGCCAUGUUGCCCAUGGCUAGUCUUGAACUCCUGGUCUCAAGCAAUCCACCUGACUUGACCUCCCAAAGUGCUGGGAUUACAGCAUGAGCCACUGCACUAGCCCUGUAAUCCUUUUAAUACUUGCUUAACUUGUCUAUAAACUUAUAUGUCUUUUGAUUUGAGCCCUUGGCCUGCCCCCAGAUAUUGUCCUUUGUCCUGGCUUGUGCACCUGCUAUGUAAUUAAAAUUGCUUACUGCCUAGGUUUUUCACUAAAAUAAGAAUUACUAAGAGUUAACACUAUAAAUUAAUGAAUGUAAUUAAAACAACUAGGUACAUACGAUGUGUAUUAAACAGGUAGGAUGUGGUUUUUUUGGAGAACAAAUGUUAAAAUAAGUCAUGGGAGUGUGGUUCUUUUUUAAGAGAAAGUGCUUUUUUCUAGUCUAGAGGAUUUUAAGGAUUGUUUCAAGUUAACAAACAGAAAGGACAAAACUGAAGGUUUAAGCAAGUUGUAGAAGGUUUGUGGAAGAUUGAUCUUGUAAAAGGAAUUUUGUGUGUGAUCAAGUUUGGCUAAAAUUUUAAGGGGAUUAUUUAGAUCUUAUACAAAUUGAACAUUCAUAUAAAUAGCACAUUGAUGCACGGUCAGAAUCUGAGCACCUGUGUGAGGCAGGAUUUUCUUGGAAUAUUGAUGUGUUCUUUAACACAAAUUUGUAAAGUUUAUAAAAGCCUCAUGGAAAUCUUACCUUACAAUCAAACUAAUUAAAAUUUGAUAGAUUUGCUUAUAAGAUUCUAUUAAAGCUUUAGAAUUAACAAUACAGUAACACAAAAAUAAAAUUUGGUUUUCUCCUUUAAAUAAGAUUUGUGUAUAAUAUUAAGAGAUAGUAAAAGAUUUUCAUUUGCCCUUUGAAUAAACUGCCAAAAAAAAUAAAGAAGGAGAGAGAGAGACAGAUUCAGUUGGCUUCACACUGCCUCUAUUAGGUCCUAUUUUUCAGAAAACUGAGCUCUUCUUUAUCAAGGAGUAAAGAUUUCUGCUUGUUUUUUUAAAUUGGUGAGUUAUCACUUUAGCUAAAUGAUUUACUUUAUAAUAACCUGUAAUCUCAUUUUGCAAUAUCAAGUGCUUUAAACUUUUAAUGUUGGACUAACUUUCCAAAAUUAAAUUCUAAAUGCAGUCUUGUAACCUCAAACUGACUUUUAAACGUCCAAGAGAGGCAUAUUUGGCUUAUUUGAUAUGUUAAAAAUCAUACAGGAGGCAUUGCCAAAUAUAAAAUGGUGUGUAACUUUCUUUGAAAUAUAUUUAUAUAAAUGUGCUAUUGUUAUGUGUUCUAAAAUUGUAUAAUAUUCUUAUAAUUUUAAUAUGUCUUGGUAUAUGUUAUCAAUAAUAAUUAUAAUUAUGGUAAAUUAUUGUGUGCCACAGAAAUAACCAGAUUUCCUUGUCAAUUGUAUCUUUGACUGUGGAUAUCUUUUGUCAUUCACAAUUAUUAUUUUACUUUGUUCCUUUUCAAAAAGUUGUUUAUAAUCAGCUAUAGAACUCUGAUGGUGUAUUAGUUCAUUCCCAUGCUGCUAUGAAGAGAUACUUGAGACUGGGUAAAUUAUAAAGAAAAGUUGAAUUGACUCACAGUUGCGCAUGACUGGGGAAGCCUCAGGAAACUUAGAAUCACUGCAGAAUUGCCUCUUCACAGGGUGCCAGGAGAGAGAAUAAGUGCCAAGCAAAGUGGGUAGCCCUGUAUAAAACCAUCUGUUGCCCAUGCUGGAGUACAGUGGGCAACUCACUGAAUGAGUGAGUUCUCAUUAGAACUCACUAGCAUGAGAACAACAUGGGGGGAAUUGCCCCCCAUGAUUCAAUUACCUUUCACUGGGUCCCUCCCACCACAUGUGGGGAUAAUGGGAUUACAAUUCAAGAUGAGAUUUGGGUGGGGACACAAAGCCAAACCAUAUCAGAUGGAUACUUUUAAAUGCAGGAUUCUGACAGCUUUGGAGAUUGUGCCAUUAAAAUAGAGGAAGAAAAUCUUCCAGGACACUCAUGGAGAUCUGAUGUAUUCAUGAGGAUUGUUGAUCCAAUAUCAAAUAGAACAGAGGUUAAUUGCAUGAACUGAGCUAAGAGAAGACUAAAAUAAUUUUUUUGUGUGAUCUUUUUGUCUGAAACAUUGCUGAUUCUUUUCAUUUUUUGGGUUGUUUACAGCUUUUAACAAUUGAGUAAAAUAUGCUUUUGUGAGCAAAAUUUAAAGCA